ACCUUCUUCAUCGGGCAGCUGACUCUCACACUAUGCUCUGCGCCCGCGCUUGCUCAGGCUUAUCUGGCGCACACUGCACAUCGCAGCUUGUCUCUCGUCCACCACAUCCCUCGUAGCCCCAUCAUCUAGGCCUCGCCUCGCCGCUCGCCCCGCCCCGCGCGCAUACACGCAGGCGCCCACACCUCGGCCGCUCGCACUCCACCUCUUCCCCACGCACGAUCCAUGACGCCGUCCGCAGGCGUUCGCUGUGGCUGGCGAUGGUGCCCGGUGACGCAGGAGUACCAGUGGCUAACCGCCGGCCUGCCGCCGGCCAGCACCGCACCGCCCAAGCCGUCGGCGCCUCCCGCCAAUGGCGAGUGGCAGACGUUUGACGGCCGCUUCUACUUCGUCGAGCCUUGGUCUCCAGACCAUCAGCUGGUGUCCUUGCUGCAGCCGGGACCGCCCUCGCCGCUGCCGCCGUCUUCUCCCAAUCCUGCGCUUUCGCGGCAGCACCAGGUGAAGCAGCAGCGGCUGCUCCAGAUCAGCGUGGCGCGCGAGCCGUCGCCGCACGCUGCGGAAGCGCCGCCGCCGUGGCUACAGCGGCAGCAGCUGGACCAUCAGCAGCAGCGCCAGCCGUCGCAGCUGCAGCAGCAGCAACACCAGCAGCAGCGGCCGCAGCAGUAUCUGCAGCAAGCUUCUCAGACGUACGCCGCGAGAGAGCAUGAGACGGGCUCGGCGUCACACUAUAAAGCUGCCAACGAAGGAGGAGCACGCGAGGUGGAACGCGAGAUCCGCAGCUCUUCGCCGCUGUAUCGCUCAGUGGACCAUCUCGUCGUGGACCAUCACGCAGUGGACCACCUCGUCGGCCAAUGGGACAGCGACGAGGAGGAGCGUGACGAGUACAUCGACAAGGAGCAGCGCGGGAAGCAACGCACCAGCAUCUCGCCCCUGUAUCGCUCAGUGGACCAUCUCGUCGGCCAGUGGGACAGCGACGAAGAGCAGCCUGACGAGCCGGCUGAUGGCUCGCCGCCGCUCUGCCGCUCCGCAAACCACCUCGUUGGCAGCUGAGACCGCUACGCCUCAGACGCUGCAGACGGCGUCGCCGACCACAUGUCGUAAGGAGUGUGCACCCAGCAGGCAUGCUGCCUUCGUGGCUCGCCACAGCCACUGCGCUCCGACAGCCAGCACCCGCAUCCGCUACGCCAUACCACGCACUUGAAUCCUCAUACCUCGCCCUGUACAUGCCCUGCUGAAGCACGUCUGUAGCACCCAGCCCAGGGUCCGAACACGCUGCAUCGCCG